AUGACGUCCCCAGCAGUGGAUUUGGAAGCACAUCACGGUGAUUGCGCUGCGUGCAGCAAUCCUGAUGCGGAUAGUAACUACGUUCAGUGCGAUGCCUGUGAUAGGUGGUGGCACUUUUCGUGUGCGAGUGUGACGGAGUCCGUCAGCGAGCGAGCGUGGAUAUGCUCGAAAUGUACGACGGAAACAGCAGCAGCUCCACCCACACUCGUGGGAAACACUUCCAGUUCUAAUAUACAUCGUGAUCUAGCCCUGCUGAAGCAACGACAGGAGCUCGAGCGAAAGAGGAUGGAACAUGAACUGCAAAUGAAAUUCCUGGACGAGCAGUUGAAGUUGAUGGAUAACGCGAACCACGUGAACAAAUGUGGAGGUGACAAAUCGGUAGCUGAACCAGUCAGCGAAAACCCGGAGCUAGAAGACGGCGCAGUGGGUGGCCAACCGGACCCACCAGCAGCAGCUCAGCCCACGGAUGUACACCAUCGCGACCUAUUGGAUAUGGUUCGCGAUCUUCAAAAGCAACUCGAAAUCUGUCAACUACAGUCAGCUCCAAGCAGUCAGCGUGUGGAUACGACCAAUUGGAAUAUCAGCCUGACGACCAAUCAACAUCAGUACGACUUCCCGAAACCAGCCGAUGACACUCAAGGUAAAGGUAACCAGCAGGCUCGAAAUCUGGGAGCCUAUAAGAAAACGCAUGUCAAUGAAGUGGGUGGUGUAGGUAAGAGUAAUGUUGAUGAAAGUGGUUUUUCAAAUAAAAUGUGUGGUGGUAAUGUCCUUCAUAAGUCCUCUAUGAGUCCCCCCGAUACGGUUUAUAUUAGUAACAGAGAACGACAAUCAGAUAUCCACGAAUUUAGUCAAAAUAUUUUCGAUAGUCACCAGCAGCAACGCAUCCCCUUCGCAAGCGAGCAGCAGCAAGUAACUUUCGCGCGCUCUACAAGUGAAAACGUGCAAUCCUCAAUGCAGCCUACGACAUGGAAUGAGUGGAACGAACGACAGCAACAGCGACAGCAGCCACAAUAUCAACGACAACAAUUGAAUGCCAACCAGUAUGGUCCAUCGCCGCAACAGCUUGCUGCUCGUCAAUCGAUGGCCCGUGAUCUUCCACAGUUCUCAGGCGAUCCCGCGGAUUGGCCUAUUUUUAUUUCGAACUACGAUUAUACAACGUCUUCGUGUGGAUAUACGGAUUGGGAGAAUAUGCUCCGUCUGCAACGGUGUCUCAAAGGGCCAGCUCUCGAAACGGUACGAAGCCGAUUGGUGUUACCUGCUGCAAUACCUCAAGUCAUCGAGACUCUUCGUAGAAGAUACGGACGUCCAGAGUUAUUGAUCAACGCGUUGCUGGAGAAGGUGCGGAAGAUUCCCGCCCCAAAACCCGAUAGGUUGGAAGGAUUAAUCGAGUAUGGGUUGGCAGUGCAAGCGCUUUGUGAUCAUAUAGAAGCGGCCAACGAACAGGCACAUCUUUCGAAUCCGACGCUUCUUCAGGAACUCGUCGGAAAAUUGCCGGCCGAUCAGAAGCUCAUGUGGGCUGGGUAUAAAAGGUGUCUCGGAGUGGUGAAUUUGAAGACUUUCAGCAGCUAUAUGGAAAAUCUCGUCAAUGAUGCUUCUAGUGUUGUGCUUUUCGCACCGGAGACUAUCAACAAGGACAAAUCGAAACUGAGAGGAUACGUUAACUCCCAUACCGGGAACAAUAUCGAAGUGCAAGCGAGCAAGCAAAUCGAAUGCAUUUUCUGCAGUAGGGUAGGUCAUCGUUUGCGAGAAUGCUCAGGGUUCAAGGAUUUGAACGUCGAUGAUCGAUGGCGGAAGGUUAGAGCUUUAUCGCUGUGUCAGAUUUGUUUAUACAGACAUGGUAGGCGAUCGUGCAGAAGCGACAAACGUUGCAAUAUCGAUGGCUGCCAGUAUCGGCACCAUCCGUUGUUGCAUUCAACAAGGCGUACUGUGGAGAACUCUACACAAAUGCAACAGGCGAAUAGUCUCACUCAUCAGUAUUUGGGAUCGAGCGUUUUGUUUCGUAUCGUGCCUGUAACACUGUAUGGGAAUGGUGGUGCGGUGAACACGUAUGCAUUCCUGGAUGAAGGCUCAUCGCUAACUCUAGUCGAGAACGAAAUUACAGAACAACUGGGAGUGAGUGGAAUCGUGCAGCCACUGUGCCUGCGGUGGACAGGCAACACAACUAGAUUAGAGGAGAAUUCGAAGGUAGUUAACAUACAUGUUGGUGGGAUCGGUUCGCAGAAACGGUUUAAAAUGUCGAACGUUCGUACAGUGGCAAAUCUAAACCUUCCCAGCCAGACCUUCCAAUUGGAAGAAGCCGCGAAACAGUUUGAAUACCUCAAACAAUUACCGUUACAGAGCUACAAAAAUGCUGUGCCAAAGCUGCUGAUUGGACUGGAUAAUCUACAGCUAGCCACUCCACUGAAAUCUAGAGAAGGUGACGGUAAUGGACCAAUUGCCGUGAAGACCAGGCUCGGGUGGUGUGUCUACGGAAAGCAGCAGCCCGGAAUGAAGAGUGAAUACAGCUUGCACAUCUGCGAAUGUACGACGAAUAAGGAUCUACAUGAUGCCGUAAAGCAAUUCUACGACAUUGAAGAAAUAGGAUCAGGGAAUGUCACCUUGCGAUCUAAGAAAGAACAACGAGCUUUGGAUUUACUGGAGCAGACGACCGUUCGAGUGGGUGAGAAAUUCGAAACUGGGUUACUGUGGGCGAAGGACGACGUGGAGCUGCCGAAUAGCUACACGAUGGCGCUUCGCAGACUGGAAUGCCUGGAAAAGAAAAUGCAAAGGGAUCCAGUCUUAAAAGAGAACGUUUUCCGACAGAUACGAGAAUUUGUAAGCAAGGGCUACAUCCACAAAGCUACGAUGAACGAACUCAAUGAAGCAAAUCCUCGUAGGAUUUGGUACCUUCCAUUAGGCGUGGUAGUCAAUCCGAAGAAACCAGAGAAGAUACGCAUCGUAUGCGACGCUGCAGCGAAGGUGGACGGAGUUUCACUAAACAGCAUGUUAUUGAAAGGACCGGAUCAAUUGGUGUCGCUGUUGGGAGUAUUGUUUCGCUUUCGACAGUUCAAGAUCGCGGUGUGUUCCGAUGUAAGGGAAAUGUUUAUGCAGAUAUUGAUACGCGCAUCCGCCAAACAUUCGCAACGAAUUCUGUGGCGUGUCGAUCCAGCCCAGGAUCCGGAAGUCUUCCUUGUUGACGUUGCGACGUUUGGGUCGACUUGUUCGCCAGCGUCGGCACAAUUUGUUAAGAAUAAGAAUGCUCGGGAGCAUAGCGAUAGGUAUCCGAGAGCAGCAGAAGGUAUACUAGAGUGUACUUAUGUAGACGAUUACCUCGACAGUUUUGGAUCGGUAGAAGAAGCUAGUUGCGUUUCGGAGGAAGUUCGUCAUAUUUUCCGUAAAGGUGGGUUCGAUCUAAGAAACUGGAUCUCGAAUAGUGAGAGCGUACUGCGGCACCUUGGUGAGACCCAAGCUGCUACCAGUAAAAGCGUGAUUACAACGGACGCCAAUACUGAACGCGUACUUGGAUUAUUGUGGAAUCCACUAACAGAUGAACUAUCGUUCAGCACUCGAAUGAGCGAUGAAGUUCGGUCUCUUCUGGAAAAUCGCAGAAUUCCAACGAAGAGACAAGUACUGCGCUGCGUCAUGACAUUGUUCGAUCCUUUGGGACUACUAGCUACGUUCCUUAUACAUGGAAAGAUUCUGGUACAGGAUUUGUGGCGCGCCGGAACUGGAUGGGAUGAAGAAAUCGACGAUAAACAGUUUACAGACUGGGGCAGGUGGAUCAACAUGAUUUCGCACAUCGCUAACGUUCAGAUCCCACGCUGCUAUUUCUCGAAUGCUUCAGCGCAUACGUACGAAGAUACUGAACUCCACGUCUUCGUGGAUGCCAGCUCGUACGCGUAUUCUUGUGUCCUUUAUCUGCGGACGUUCAGUGAUGAUGGAGUCCCGCAGUGUUCACUAAUCGCGGCGAAGGCUAAAGUAGCACCGUUAAAGCCAAUGACUAUUCCAAAAUUGGAACUUCAAGGAUGCCUCCUGGGGGCAAGGAUGACAAAGUUCGUGCAAGCACAUCACUCCAUUCCCAUAAAACGACGAAUUCUGUGGACAGACAGCUCGAUAGCGCUUUCUUGGAUCCGUGCAGACCCUAGAAACUAUAGGCCUUUCGUGGCCAACCGAGUCGGUGAAAUUCUCGAGAUAACGGUUGCCAAUGAGUGGCGAUGGGUGCCGUCGGAGUCCAAUCCGGCGGACGAAGCAACAAAGUGGGGAAGUGGACCCUACUUCAACGCAGGCAGUAUGUGGUUCCACGGACCAAAGUUCCUAUGCUAUCCAGAGCGAGAAUGGCCUAGUUCAACCGAUCCAGUAAUCGACACCUACGAAGAAGCUCGGUCAUCAGUUCUCUACCAUGUGACAUGGGAGCCAGUGGUCAAUUAUGAACGGUUCUCUAAAUGGGAGAAUCUACAACGUAGUAUGGCCUACGUGCUACGAUUCAUUAACAACGCUAGAAAGAAAGGGGAAAGGAGUCCGUCGACUGGAUUACUUACCCAAUCGGAGCUGAAGGCUGCCGAAACUGCAAUAUUGAAACAAGUUCAACUAGAGGUAUUUCCGGAAGAAGUGACUACAUUGAAAAAUAAUCAAGUGGUGACAGGAAACAAGCCGGUUCCAAUAGAGAAAUCCAGCACUAUAUACCAACUAAUACCGAUGUUGGAUGAAGAGGGACUGAUGCGGCAGAACAGUCGUAUUUCAGCAGCGAAACAUUUGCAUCACAGCGUGCGCUUUCCAGUCAUCCUGCCAAGGAAGCAUCGAUGCACGGAACUUCUUGUUACACGAUUUCAUCGCCUUUACCGUCAUGCAAACUCCGAAACUGUGGUGAACGAAGUUCGUCAACUGUUCGCAAUAUCAAAACUUCGAUCCGUAGUGAAGGGGAUCGGAAGAAAUUGCCAAUUCUGCAAGGUCCGCAAGGUACGUCCAACUGUUCCUCCGAUGGCACCUUUUCCAGCAGCACGGUUAGCCGUACAUGUUCGUCCAUUUAGCUACGUCGGAGUGGAUUACUUCGGCCCAUUACUGGUCAAACAAGGUCGUUCGAAAGUGAAAAGGUGGAUCGCGCUCUUCACGUGCCUUACUGUGCGCGCAGUCCAUCUCGAAGUGGCAUACAGUCUUUCUACUGCAUCGUGUAUUUCAUGUAUCCGACGAUUUGUAUGUCGUCGUGGGUCACCCGUGGAAUUUUUCACGGACAACGCUACGAACUUCCAUGGGGCCGAACGUCUGCUCCGUGAACAAAUCAACGAAAGGGUGAUAUCCACGUUCACCAGUGCCAUCACGAAGUGGACCUUCAUUCCACCAAGCGCUCCGCACAUGGGUGGUGCGUGGGAGCGGCUAGUCCGCUCAGUAAAAGCUGCGAUUGGGGAUGCGUAUACCGAAGGGAAUCUCAACGAUGAAGAGUUACAAACCGUAAUCGUAGAGGCAGAGGGCAUUGUAAAUACUAGACCACUCACGUACUUACCACUUGAUUCUGCGGAAUCAGAAUCCCUCACGCCAAACCAUUUCCUACUUGGAAGCUCCAAUGGAGUCAAGCAGCCAUGCGUAGAUGAAGAAUGUUUGAAAAGAACCUUCCCUGAGUCGUGGGGAGAUAUCCAACGUCAUCUCAAUCGAUUUUGGCAACGCUGGCUGAAGGAAUACCUUCCGGUAAUCCGGAAACAGUCUAAGUGGUUCGACGAAUCGCGAUCAGUGAAGGAUGGAGAUCUGGUGUUGAUAGCGGACGAGGGAAAGCGGAAUGGUUGGAUACGUGGUAUCGUGAUCGAAUCGAUCCAAGCAGCAGAUGGACACGUUCGUCAAGCUUUAGUUCAGACAACGGGAGGUGUUCUUCGACGACUUGUAUCGAAACUGGCUGUUCUCGAUGUAAGUAGUAACUGUGCGGUCAAGAAAGUUAGUGGACCGCACCCGGGGGAGGAUGUUGCCACAGCGACAUCGAGCAAACUGGCAACAGUUUCAUCUAAUACCGCACAACGAUCCGCCAGCCUACGUUUGAAGGACUCUAAACGUCUUUCAGCGGAAAGAGAAAGGUACAAGAAAAAACAAUUGUAA